CAUCACCAUGUGCAUAUGUUAGUUACCCUCAAUUCCCAUCCUAGCAAGCAUGGCCGGCUCUUCCUCUCUUGCAUCGCCUCGCUCACUACAGCUACCACUCCUCCUCCUUUUCCUCCUCGUUGCCGCUGCGAUAGGCAGCUACGACCCCAAGGCGUUCUGUUCCAAGACGACAGACGUAGCAUCGUGCCUUAAGGUGUUCCCGACACUCCCAGACAUCGUCACCAAGGCGCAGGACAACCAAGAGUUGUACAAACGGCUGGUCCGCUACUGCUCAUUCAAGACCUACGAGGCCACGUCGCUCGCGGAAUCCAUGAUUGCCACCACCACCGCCGCCAACCCCGCGAAUAUCGCCACCUUCUUCGAGCAGUGGAAAGGGGACGAGGCGAUAACGACAAAAACACCUCCAGGCAAGUGCCUCUUGAGCUGCAACAAGACCAUCGGCGAAGUUAACGCCAUCCUAACCUGCGGACACACCUACAUGGAAGACAGGCCCCCCAUCAUCCACCAGAACCUCACCGUCUUGUUCCAUGGCGGCCACCCGCCGUCACUCUGCAAGAGUGGAUGCCUUGACGGCUCGUCGUCAGAGGGUGAGGUCCUCCUCGCCACCAAGUUCAACUAUAUAUGGAGCUUGUUGGAUCUCAUGGAAGCUGUCCUACCGGAAUAUCUUUCUGAGACUGGGACUGCGACGACGACGGUACCAUCUCCCGACGUCGCUGCGGCGGCGGCCCCGGCCCCAUGAGCAACUACAUAUGCAUGCAGUCCCUUCGAUUCGAUCGACCACACCACAACAGUGCAGUGCAUACACGCAUAUACUUACUAUGUAUCUAAGAAAUAAUUAAGAUUUCACAGAGAGCAUUUAAGAAUCAAGUUUCACUAAUUGUUGCAGUAUAUAGUAGCCCAUUUAAUUUCAUCCAUCAGUUAGAGUCUCACCAUGUUACGGUCCGUUUUGUGCCUUUUAUUCGCUCCAAAAUAUAGUGUUCUAAUUCUUACCGUGGAAUUGGAUGUUCACCCCUCAAGUGCAUACACGUACUUGCUUCCCUAUCACUCAAAUAGUUACAAAAUGUUCUGAAAAA